UACCACUACCACCAUCGAGGAAGGCACCCCAGCUGUCGUCAUCACCGCCUCCACAGAGGCCGACAACUGCGCCCCAGCCGCCAUCGUCGCCGCCUCCACCACAACACCACGCUCUUGGUCACGCCGUCCAAGACCCCACUGUACUCUCGACCACCAAGACGGACACCCCGAGUCACUACAUGCCGGCCUCUCCUCUCGUCAGCGACGAGAACACCUCGCUCGGAUGUCACGCUAUGUCAGCUCACGCCUUCCCUCGUAGCCCACCGGCAGUGACGACCCUACAGCUCACGGUUUUCACUUGUGAACAUGCCUAA